UAUCUUGUGACCGCCGCGGCCGCUGCUGCUUCCCCGCGCUUGGGUUCUCCACUGCCGCGAUGCGGUUCCUGGUCGCCGCCUUCCUGCUCCUGGCGCUCCUCGCCUCGGCCCUGGCGGAGCCGGUGCGCUUCAAGGACUGCGGUUCUGAGGUUGGAGUUAUAAAGGAAUUAAAUGUGAUUCCAUGCCCUGUUCAGCCUUGCAAACUGCACAAAGGACAAUCGUAUAGUGUCAAUGCUACCUUCACCAGCACUACUCAGUCUCAAACCAGCGUGGCUGUGGUACAUGGCAUCGUGUUGGGCGUCCCAAUUCCCUAUACCAUUCCUGAGUCCGAUGGUUGUAAGUGUGGAAUCAACUGUCCCAUCGAAAAGGGCAAGACCUACAGCUACGUGAAUAAACUACCAGUGAAGAGUGAAUACCCCUCUAUGAAACUGGUGGUGAAAUGGGAACUUCGGGAUGACGGUGGCCAUCAUCUCUUCUGCUGGGAAAUCCCAGUCGAGAUUGAAAGCUAGAACUAUCUGAUGCCAAUAUGUCUAUCUGGGGUGAGAGUACAAGUAGAGGGAGAGGAGAGAUAUCUAAAGUCUAAGUCAGUGCCAUAAGAGUAAAGGAAUUUCUAGACUGCUGUUCUGUGCCCCUCAACCUCCAAAAGUAUCUAAGACCCUGUUUCUUAAGAGCUCAGAACCAUUGCCCUUGUAACAGCCUUUAUAAAGGGGUUGAAGGAAAGAAGAAAGUGAGACUAAGGACUGAUUUAAUUGUCCUCUGGUUUUUGCUGUUUGAAUCGGGAGGGUCUAACCAGACAGGACCUGAAUGAUGCUGCCGAGGUACACUGCAUAACUGCCCUAGGCUUGUGGCCCUUGCAGCAGAGGCGGGUUCCAAGCCACAUCCGUCCAGCGGGGAUAGUACAUCUGCUAGCUCCUUACUCUAAGUGCCUCAUUGAGUUCAGCGUGUCUGGCCCACAAGCCUGCUGACACCUGAAAGCACCUCCGACUCCACUCCUUCAGCAAGGAACUGCAGUGAGCUCCAGCGUCUCAGCGGAGGGGAGGUGUACCUGACAGAAGUUCACCUCUGGAUGCCUGGUUCUCUGUGGUUGUCUCCUGUCUCCUUUUUGUGUUAAGGGUUUUUCAUUAAAUGCAGCACAUGGUUAGCAGAUGCUUGAUUCUUUUUUUUUUUAAUUUGACAACAUUCACUUGUGACCUCUUCAUGCACCUGGAAAUGUCCCUUUGAAUAAAUAAAAACUUAGCAGCUGUGGUUACCUGCUUCUUCAGACAGAAUAUGUCCCCCCUCAAUCCAUGGAAGGUGGACACCGAGCCCAGUGGUCCCUAGUGUGAAGUAAAGACGUGGCUCAGAAACUGUCCUCCCCUUUUUGCCAAGUUAGAGCUUACCUAUUUUACAUAAAAUAAACUUGUUUUUCAGUCUCAUACUAUCAAGCAUGCUUGAGAGAAACAGUGAAAGCACACGUUACCUAGUUGAGUAACAGAAUCUGAAAGGGCAAGAGUACUGAAUUUAGGGGAGGGGGGUGUAAAGAUUAUAAGUUGGCAUUGAAGGGUAGUGUUUUUUUCCCAGAACCCUCUGCCAUGAUGAAAGCCUAGAAGCUUAAAGAUGAAAUGUGAACCUGUAGCAAGUAAGGACUAAAAUUUUAAAUCCUGGGGUUUCCUAUUCCUGAAGUACAAGUAUCAUCAUGGGGCAUGUCUGUUGCUGUCUCUUUGGAAUCAGUGUACUAUUGAUCAGCUUUUAUCUCACGGGGAUUACAAAACUGUCCACAGAUGAGUUGGGAAAUGUGGAACUUGGAAACCCAUCUGUUUUAGGUUGAGGUGCUCUCGCACCAAAUGAGUUCUUUUCACCCCAAAUAACUUCACUAGACCCUUGGAUUUUUUUGACUUGUGUUUCCCAGGAAAACCACCAGAGGACAGCAAUAGAUCAGGAAUAAAGUGAUCAAUAGCCAAGAUUGUUAAUUCCAGGAGCCAUUCAAGCACUGUACUCUUUGGCUAAGAUCUUUUGUGAUCCUACCACAUUGCCUGUAAAGGGACAGCAACCUGCAUCCCCAUGCUGAAUCCUUGUGUGAAUUCCAAAGGUGGUUAGCUGCUGUAGCUGGAUCCUGACUUCACUUAUUACUAGAACUACCAGUUUGAUCUUUAAAUCCCAGAGCCUCUCUGUGCUUCCAUUUCUUUAUUAAAUAGGGAUAAGAGCAGUAAGGCUGUGAGGACUAAAUGAGAUGAUCGUGUAAAAGACUUAGUCCACACAGGAAAUCUUAGCUAUUCUUGUAGGAGACACAUUGUUUCUUGUCUAGAAAUAGGAAAAUCAGAAGAUUUAAUCCCAUAAUGUGAGGAAUGUGAGGCUAUCCUCUGCAGGGAAAUUUUUGAGGUACCUGGAAAAGCUCAUUUCUCAUGCAUCGACUCUCCUAUUCCCUCAUGUCCUUGAGUCCCUUUAUGGCUAACGGCUACCCACCCUGCAUUUCAUCUUCCGACCCUCAUAUGUUAAAAGAAGACAGCAAAGAAAAGCACUUCAGCUGGUGUGUACCCUUCAGUCAGAGCAGAAGGGCAAAGCAACAGCUUAUAACUGUUUACCAGCCAUUGUGAGGCUCCGCAGAGCCUGCAGCAGUAAGCUAGGUAGGGUUCCUGUGGGGGGAUUAGUUUGAAAGGUCGUCUUUUGUACAGAUAGUUCACAGGCGCCCCCCGAGUCAUUAAAACAUUGGGAAGCACUGAAUCUUAGGCUAUAUAAAAAAGGUCAUGCUCUUUCCAAGGAUAGUCUCAUACUUUUCUAGUCCACUGAGCAAGACACAGAGGCUUAGAUGCAGCUCCUCUCUUGCAUGAAUUCCAGGGCAGAAAAAUCUCAGAUUCCCAUUGUUAAGAAAAUAUGAAGGGCCACCUCUGCUUACAGAAUAAAGGAACCAUACCCCAUAUCUCCAAUUUGGGAAACUGUUAGAUGGGAGGUAUGAUGUUUGUCAUCUCUUCAGGCUAAUGAAAAGCAAUAAGCAUUGAAUACUUUCCAGUCCUCUAUCUUUGAUUUUGAAUUUUUAGUGGAAUUUAUUUAAAGACACAGAUUGACCUUAAUUCUGCUUUGUGAAGGUUAAUAAAAUAGUCUGUUCUCGGGCCUCCCCG